AUGAGGUUCUUAUGUCUUCAUGGUGCUAUUGGCAACAUCGACAAUAUUAACAUCCAGCUUGAUCCACUGGUGAAGCAAAUGGCCAUGGACGGGUUCGCUUCAUUCCACUAUAUCAACGGUCCUGUUCCUGUGUCUCCACCGGCAGGUACGAUCCCCGCGAGCUCAAACGCUGAUAAAAGCCGACGCUCUCUAGGGUUCACGGAAUAUUUUGGUAUCGGCCCGCACUACCGGUGGUUAGAGGAUGGAGGAGUAGCAGAGGACUCAAUGAUCUCUCGUGUUCGAAAAUCUCCGCAUGGUUCGAGUCCUGAAGAUGUGAUGAGAGCUUUGGGCAAGGGCUGGGAUGGCCGUUGGCUCAAUCACCAUCAAGUCAUGGAGUACCUCUAUGAUACAUUGGAAAAGAACCCCGAUAUCGAAGGCAUCGUCGGAUAUAGUGAGGGUGCCACGAUGGCUGGGAGUCUAAUCCUGGAUGAGGAUAGAAAGGCUCAGGAGACUGGCCGUCCGCGUCGCAUCAAGUGCGCGAUUUUCUUCACUGGUUGGCCUCCUCUCUCCCCCGAGGAGGACGUGAUCCUAGCAGAUGAGAGUGAUUAUACUCUAAACAUUCCGACGCUUCAUGUGGUUGGUGCAGAUGACCCCUACCGAUACGGCGCACUAGCCUUGUUCAACAUUUGUGACCCUAAUACCGCAGCAAUGUUCGACACUGGACGGGGCCACACCAUUCCUCGCUCCGGUCUGGUCAUCGCAGAGUUGGGAAAUGCCGUGAGAGAUUUAAUCGACAGAGCGUAUCAAGCGUAA